UUGAAGCGCAUAUUGUUUUCGACAAUGCGAAUGCUGUGGGAGGUUUUAGUACUAAUGUUCUUGGCCAUGUUCUCUAAGAUCAGCGGCAGCAACGGCGGCCAAAUGAAUAAGCCGGCAUGUUCAAGGGGUAGCAGCGAAGCUGCAGGUGUAGUGGAUGCGGAAAGCUACUGCUUUAGCUGGAGAGUAGCAGUGGAGGCCAACAAUGUGCUUGGAUGGCGAACGCUCCCUCCUCAGUGCAUGAGCUACGUGGAAAAUUAUAUGCUUGGUGGGCAAUAUGAAAGGGAUCUGGACUUGAUUAUGGAGCAGAUCUCUACCUACCUUGAUGGUAUAGUGCUUUCUGAUGAUGGCAUGGAUGCUUGGAUCCUUGACAUCGAUGAUACUUGCCUUUCUAAUCUCAUCUAUUACAAGGACAACAAGCGUUUUGGGUGCGAUCCAUUUGAUCCAAUUGAUUUCAAGAAGUGGGCAUUGAAGGGAAGUUGUCCUGCAAUUCCAGCGGUUCUCGAAUUGUUCAAGAAGUUGAUUUCAAGUGGUUUUAAGGUUUUCCUUCUUACGGGCAGAGACGAAGCCGGGCUCGGCCAAGCCACCUUGGAUAACUUGCAUAACCAAGGAUACCUCGGCUAUGAACGCUUGAUUAUGAGGAAUGGAGCUUACAAGGGAAAAAGCGGGAGGGUGUUCAAGCCAGAAAUUCGUAAAGAAAUAGAGAGAGAAGGUUACAGGAUUUGGGGAAACGUUGGAGAUCAGUGGAGCGACCUCAUAGGGGAUUGUCCUGGCGCACGUACUUUUAAGCUUCCUAAUGCCAUGUAUUUCGUCCCCUAA